UUUUACAAAUUUUAAAAGAAUAAAAAAAAAGGUUCUGUAAUAAUAACUUCCAACAAGAAAAAGAGAGGGGACAAGCUGUGGGUCACAAAACGACGUUAUCUCGGGGGUUCCGAUAGGCUUUUGGGCUCGUGGAUUUCCAAUCAAGAAAGGCGAAACAGAAACGAAGAGACUUUCGGUCAUUCAAAUCACAAUUUACGAUGGAUCAACUCAAAAACGACGCUGCUUUUGUUCAAUCUGUUCCAUCUUCAAAGCCUUCCAUCAUCGAGUUUCGUCAACCCAAAUCCAACCAAAGGGUUGAAGGGGAACCCAGGGAUUGCAUUGCGGCGAGAAAGCUUCAAAAGGCUGACCGUGAGAAAUUAAGAAGGGACCGCCUUAAUGAACAUUUUCUUGAGUUGGGAAACACACUUGAUCCUGAUAGGCCCAAAAAUGACAAAGCAACCAUCCUUACGGAUACGAUUCAAUUGCUGAAGGAUCUUACAUCUCAGGUCACCAAGCUGAAAGCAGAGUACGAUACGCUGACUGAAGAAUCUCGUGAGCAGUUGACACAGGAGAAGAAUGAUCUCAAAGAAGAGAAGGCAUCUCUCAAAUCUGAUAUCGACAAUCUUAAUAUUCAGUAUCAGCAGAGAGUCAGGACUAUGUUCCCAUGGGCCACCGUAGAUCACUCAGUUGUCAUGGCCCCUCCUUAUCCUUUCCCAGUACCAAUAGCAAUGCCUCCUCCUGGAGCUAUUCCUAUGCAUCCAUCCAUGCCACCGUUCCCUUUCUUUGGGAAUCAAAAUCAUGGAGUCAUUCAUAACCCCUGCUCCACUUUUGUCCCAUAUAUGACUCCUAAUACCAUGGUUGAACAGCAGUCAACACAGCAUGUUGCUCCACCUGCACAACCAGGCAGUCGGUCCCAUUCUUCAGGCAAACAAGAUUCGAAAAACAAGUCCUCAGGGGAGAGCAAGGUUGAAAAAACCGUGGAUUCAAACGAUGUUGCCACUGACCUUGAGUUAAAAACACCUGGAUCUACUGCAGAUCAGGAUUUAUCAUCAGGACAAAAAAAGCUGAAGAAAUCUUUAAGGAAGGAAAACAGUAAUACAGAAGGGAGUCAUUCAAGUAGGUGUUCUUCAUCUUAUAGUGCACAUGAUAGCUCAUCCAAUAGCAUCGUUGGUGGCAAAAAGGCUGAUGACCUAGAUGGGCGAAAUGAUUAACAAACGCCUAUGCCAGGUUGUUUGUAAUUUCUGCACAUCAUCUUUUCCUUUUAUUCUAUGCCUUAGUAGUUCCUAGUUUUUCCUCCACUUUAGAAUAUAAUUAUUUGCCUACAAACUGAAUCACCUUUCUGAUAUCAUGAACACACCAAAGGAAAUUGCUGUUAUGAAGUAGUUCAAGGUUGGGAUUUUUCCUGCAUCUCGCUUCAUUGAGAUGGAAAGGAUGGUGGUGAUGAUGAUCUUCUGUGCCCUUUUUUCCUGGGUGAGAAGAUGUUUCAGUGGAACUAAUGAGUAAUGUAGGAACUGAUGGUUGUCAAGAAGAAAAGAUUGUUGGGUUGAUUUGUAUGUAAUUCUAAUAUGUGAAGUUUAUACAUUAUGCAUUCUAAUCAUGCCUCAAGUAUUUCAAGAAAGAAAAGAAAUUUUCUCUGAAGUCUGUCAUCCUAGUAGGAAAAUGUCAUAUGGUUGUUUAUAAAACACCUAGAUUGCUGGUGUGUAGGUCAUACUUCUAUAUUAUGUCCAUUUCAAUUGAUUUGUUUAACUCAUAAAUCUAGCUAUGUUGGGGAUUUAUGCUAGCUGUGGAUAGAUGAAUAUCGUACAUGGUUAAAUAUUUCUCUUGCUUCAGCUUUCAUAUAAAGAAUAUUGAGUUGUAAAUAUUACAUGUAUGUGAGUGUAAAUGUCAGUGAAUUAAUGGCAUUUGGUUAACAAAUAAUGCUAUCCAAAGUUUGCAGUAAGUUGCU